AUGGCGGCGGGGUCAAGUGCCGUUGGCGGGGGUGGAGCGUCCGCACGGGGUGAGGAGGCGGGGGCGAGAGGCUCGGGGGACGGGCUUUCGGCCCGACGAUCGUCGACGGAGGUUGCCAAGACCCCCAAGACGGAGUACCAGGAGCACAUGCAGAUGGCCAGGGCGCUGUCCAAGUCCCUCGUGGCGCCCAAGGCAACAGCGGUCCAAGAUGAAGCGAGCGAGGAGGAGUUGGCGAGGAACCCGGCUGCCUUCCGCGCCAAGGAGAGACGGCUGGUGGGGGUGCUGAAAGACCUGGACGUAAAGCUGGAGCGCCUCAAGAAGGACCGGGACUCCGCUCUCAGGAAGCGGGGUACCCAGCGAGAGCGGCGGCGGCGACGGCGGCGGGCCCCCCAAGACCGCGGAGGAGGGACGGCAGUCGCUACUGCUGCUGCUGCUGGUGGCUCUGAUGCUGGGUCGGGCGAACGACCGACAACGGCACCACGACGCAGCCGACGAGAACGGGCUGAGGGAACUCCCGCGCCCCUCCUCGCGGCAGAGGAGGACGGUGCGUCGGACGGAGCGGCCGAAAAAGGAGGAGGAGGAGGAGGGUUUGUUGCUGGUGCUCGCGGUACACCCCCCUCCGGCGAUAAGCGUCGGUGCGACGACGACACGGGUUGUUGCGGCGAUGAUGACGACGAUGAUGAAGACGACGACACAGGAGUGGGGAGGUUGAUUCGUCGUCGGAGUAGUGGGGGCGCUAACGACAACGGGCAGCGGUCGACGCCGGGCGGAGACGGGAGUAGGGUUAGGCGUGGGAGGACGCUGUGGGCCAUCGCUCAGGGGGCGGACGAGCUGAGUCAGUCCAAUUUCGUUACGGGAGUGUUCGCAGACAUCAAGGCCAACUCCAUCGGUAGCGUGGGAGGAGGGGCGGGUGGGAAGCCGCAAGCCGCCAAGCCGGGACGUCGGGCGGCAGUGACGGCUGCGGCGUACGGCGACGCGAGGUUGUACAACCGCCGCGUUGGGUCUUCCGCCGCUGCUUCUGCUUCGGCGUUGUCUUCAACCUUGUGCUCCAACCGAGGAGGCAUCGACGCUGCCACUCGCUCUGCCGACGCUGCUGACACCGACAAAGGAAUGGGCGGGGGUCGACCAGGGAAAAGCGAAAGGGAACAGAGCGUGAGCCAGCUUAACCCUUCAGAUGAGAACGGUGGUGGUGGUGGUGAUGGUAACGACGCCGUUGAUGACGCCAUUCAGCUGCUGUCGCAAACGCUGUCGCAAGCUUCGGUGUCGGGUCGCGGCGGGACGGCCUCCGCGCAGGACGGAGGACAGGAGAACAGUGGCAAGAAGCAAGAGGAGGAGGCGGAGAGGUCCGCCGCUAGGCACAUCGCGCGGGCGCCGGUGUCGGCUCUCUCCGGGCUCUUCCCCAACUGGAAAGAGAACGUCAUUUUCGUGUUCCGGCAGGGAGCGGCGGAGCUCCGCCUAGCGCUGCAGGGCAUCGUAGCCGCGUUGUCCGAGGAGGAGGAGGAGAAAGCGGCGACGGCCGCAGGCGGGGGAGGAGGAGGGGGGGGGGGGGGGGCGGGUCCGGAGGGGCGCCCUAGUGGUGUUCGUAGGAGAAGCAGAAAGGCGGAGGCGUUGGUGUUCUUCGAAGGCGUUGUUCUCGAGGCGUUGGAAUUGAGGGGCCCUGCUUGUAGUAGACGGUCGGCUUCUUUGGGGGAGGAAUCAGGCCGUGAGGAUGGCAGCCGCAGCCCGGGGUUCGAAGCAGGGUCCCGGCAGACACUGCACCGUGGGAGUGAGGGUGUCGGUGAUGGUAUAACUAGCGGUGACGCCGCAACACCUGGAAGCGAUAGCCCCCCCCGCGGUGGCGCGAGUAGCGUUCAAGAUAACGUUUUCGCGUUAGAAGAGCAGGAGGAAAGCGCGAGAAAGAGAGACGACGGCGCCGGCGCCAGCGAAGGCGGUGUAGGUCAGGCCGGAGGCGACGGCGAGGAUGGAGAUCACCUUUCGGUUGCCGAUGAGGCGAUGGGGUUCGAAGAGACGCACGCCGCCACCGCUGAGAAUGAUGGCCAUGACGCCGAGCCUGCUGCUGUUGGAGCAGACGACGGCGACGCAGGCAUGCGGAGCGUUGGGCACCCCCAUCACGGAGACAGCAGCGUGGAGGCCAUCGUGCUCAGCGGCGACUCCACCGCGUCAGCGGUGGUCACCUUCGACCUCACGAGCUCGGAGGCCAGCAAGCGUUGUUCUUCCGCCGGUGACACCGCCGCCACCGCUGCCGCCGGUGGCGUUGCCGCGGCAGGGAUAGCAGAGUACCCGGUCGGUGCUGACGGUAGCGGUCGGAACUCCGGCCGAGGCGUCACGGCAAGGAUAAAGAACGGUCAAGAGGAGGAGGAGGAGGAGGAGGAGGAGGAGGAGGAGGAGGAGGAGGAGGAGGAAGAUUACACGUUUGUGAUCGUGGGCAGGGGCGGCGGCGGCGGCGGCGGAGGUGGAGCCAAUGAUGCUGACAGUAGUAGUCGGAAGUCCCACCGAGGCGUCACCACAAGCGGAAGGAAUUGCCAAAGGAAGGAGGAGGAGGAAGAAGAUGACGAGUUUGCGAUGACGGACAACGGUGGCGGAGAUGGCGCCAAUGGCCCGGGCUCAACCGACGAGAGAGGCGAAGCUAGCGGUGACGGUAGCGACAUCAUCGACCAGUACGCCCUGGAGGACGAAUACGGCUUCGACGACCACAACUAUUGCGCCUGGGGUGACGAAAACGACUUGUCGUUUGUUCCCUCUCCCGACAGCGACGGUGUCGCCGACGAGCGGCAGCCGCCGCCGCCGCCGCCGCCACCGUCACCGCCGCUUUCGCCGACACAACGGCCCCCCGAUAUCGAUCCCCCCGCUGCUGCUGCCGCUGACAAAGCCUCCCACGAUUCAACGUCCGCGGUGGGGGACGAGCUGCUGGAUCUCACUCAGGUAGCGCCGCUGCCGUCCCCGUCGCCGAGACGCUGCCGUGAGCCUCUAGACGCGGCAGCGGCGACAUCGCCUAUUGGUCGGGGUCGGUCGCAACAUCGCGGACUUGAAAGUCCGGCGGCGGCGGCGGCGCGCAGGCAUCACCGCACACCGCCAUCUUCUCCGGUAGAGGAAGAGGAGGGGGCUCCGUCUUCGAGUGCCGGAGGGGGGAACGGGGACGAUGCCGAGCUGCGGGAGGUGAUGCCUUCGUUCGGGCAGAUGACGCUCCAGGAGCUGGCCGGGAUGAUGGCGGUGUACGGGCUGAAGAAGAAGUCUAAGAGGUCGUCGGCGCGGCAGGGCGGCGGCAGAGGCGAGGCCCACCUCUUCACCAGCGGCGGCGGCGGGGGCGGCGGUGACGUUAUCGACAAGCAUUCCACGGCGCCCUCCGCUUCCGAGGGCACCCCGAGGUGCUGGUGUCCCGGGUGCUGGUGGUAG